CACACCGACCAGUUUAUUAAUAAUUUUUAAGCAGCAAAAAGUUAUAUAUUGAUGGACAUCACUUCAUUAGUUACUCCUCUUCAAAGGAAACUGACCUGUCUGGACUAUCACAGUCCAUCGGCAUCGUUUACUGACCACGCCCAACUUAAGUCCCUGGUGAUCUGGCUGGAAGAUCAAAAGAUUCGUCACUACACAAUCGAUGAAAGGACACCUCUUCGCGAUGAGACGGGCGAUAAUUGGAAUAAGGUUUUUGAAAAGUAUUUGACUGACAUGCAGUGUCCGUUUUCUUUUGACUCCGCCCCCACACCUUGUCUUCACUGGUUAAUUGAUGAAGCUGUGAGGUGUGAAUUUACAGACGUUUCAAAAUCUCACAAAAGUCUUUGCUCCGGACUUUGCCGUCGUGAUAACAAGAAACCCAAUGGAGCGUUGCCCAAUGCCGCCCUCAACAUCAGUUCAUCUGAUCCAGUUCUUAAGAGAGGCGUUGAAGCUCUUGCAAAAAUACUUCAAAUAACAUCACACGUGGAUCCUACUGUACUCCUGGCUGCAUGCCGUCUAGUGAUUGAAGAGAAGCUCUCAGAGGAGGCACUUAAGAGAGCAAAAGAUGAAGCAGACAAGGGCAGUUCUCCUUCUUCUAGGAAGCCAACUCAUCACGACAUCAGUCCUAAGCAGUGUGGGUUCGAUUUGGGGGAUCCAGUACUUGGAGAGGCUGCAAAGGUUCUGAGAUUGCUCCACAUUAGAGAGCUGAGAGAGCUCCAGACAAAGAUUAACGAACUGAUAGUCGCUAUACAAAAUAUCACAGCUGAUCCUAAAACUGAUUCAUCUCUUGGCAAAGUAGGGAGAUGAGGAGUGACAAAGGACAUGAUUAGCCGACAGUUCUUUGUAUUAACUAACAGUGUACUAUGUGAAUCCUGAUUUUUAUUAUUAAUAUGUUCAAUGACAUGAUGAUUUAAUUAGUACCUAAUAAAUUAUUUUGAAUUCUA